AUGCGACCAACAGCCCUCGUCUGCCGCAGGCAGCGUCUUAAGACUAAUAUACUAUGGUCUAGAUGUCGGAUAGUUCCAGAAGUAGCCUCUACAGCUGGUGUACGGUACUGUUCCUGUCAUUCUAAUUCUUUGACUCGUCCCGGACAACACGAUUCCUCUGCACGCUCCUCUUUAUCCCGACCUAAUAACACUAAUGCGCCGUCAAAUAUACAAUCUUCCACACCCGCCGCGGACCAUCGUGUACUGGGUACCGCGCAAGAGCUCUUUACAUCGUCAUCUUAUAGCCCCGGAUCACCUCUAUUUCUCCCAAAUGGCACACAUAUUAUCAACAAGCUAAUCGGCUUUCUCCGUGCACAAUACCGACAAUAUGGAUUCCGCGAAGUACUCACGCCCAACAUAUAUAAAAAGUCGCUAUGGGAAAUAUCCGGACACUGGCAAAAUUACAAGGAUGACAUGUACGAGGUACGCGGUCGGGGAGCGACCGGUGAGACGGAAGGCGAACUUGGCGAGGAUGAGCAAUACGGGUUGAAGCCGAUGAAUUGUCCUGGUCACUGUUUACUAUUCAAAUCCCAGAAUCAUUCAUAUCGUGAUCUGCCGGUGCGAUACGCAGAUUUCAGCCCUUUACAUCGCAACGAGAUUUCGGGUUCUCUGAGUGGGCUCACCCGAGUGCGACGGUUCCACCAGGACGACGGCCAUAUUUUCUGCAGGCCCCAACAGAUCGGGAAAGAAAUAGAUUUGGCAUUGGCAUUUGUGAACAUGGUGAUGAAGACAUUUGGUCUACCCAAGUACACUUUGGUUCUUUCUACUCGACCAGAGAAAGACUUCAUCGGGAGCCUAGAGCUUUGGGAUAAUAAAAGUGGUCUUCCAUGGGAAUUGAAUGAAGGCGAUGGCGCGUUCUACGGUCCAAAGAUUGAUAUUCAGCUGCAAGAUUCUGAUGGUAAAUACCACCAACUAUCCACCAUUCAGCUUGAUCUCAACCUGCCUCAACGAUUCGAGCUUGAAUAUCAGGUUGCAGAAGGAGAGCCAGAUUAUAACCCUAAUACUCCCGGAAAAGCCACACCUGUGUUGAUCCAUCGUGCUAUUUUUGGCUCGCUGGAGCGGUUUUUGGCGAUUUUGAUUGAGCUAUAUGCUGGCCGCUGGCCGUUCUGGCUAUCUCCCCGCCAGGGUAUCAUUCUGACUGUGCAGAAUGACGAGCCAGUAUUGCGUUUAGCUGAAGAAGCGGCUGCAAAGAUUUCUGGGUACCGUAGCAUCGACGUGGAGGCCACUGAACUGUUGCAGCCUGCUCCUAUCGCAUCUGAUCCGACAUUUUUGAUUGACGUUGACAGCAGCAGCCGGUCAUUAUCCAAGAAGAUCCAACGCGCCAAGUCGAUGAAGUACAAUUUGAUCUUUGUCGUGGGGUCCAAGAAUCUCGCAGACAAUAGUAUUGAUGUUGAUGUCUCCGGCCAGAUUCAGGGCAGUUCUGAGGAUGGGGCAUCGAAGUUUCAGAGUGUUCUGACGGAUCUCAUUGGUGCUUCGUCGCAGGGGAAUUCGCGGGCAUUGAAAAUGCAGAUUGACGACGUUCGCGCGCUUCUUCUUCGGAUGGAACGGGAUUUUAUUUGAUCGGCUCUCUUGAUGACUGCGACACUGUAUACAAGGUCUCUACGGUGCAUUUAUCCACCGAAAUCGUAGCAGAGCGUAAGCUCGUGCGGCUUGGCUGAUUACGUGAUAAAGAUUUUUGACCAAUCAGAAAGCAGAAAAGAAGAGUAGAGAUUUUGAUUCUUGAUCUCGGUUACGCUAGGAUGAAUACGGAAUAUAGGCAAAUAACAAGAACCUGGAGCUAGGAAUUUUCAUGUAUUGCUGACACUAUACUAUAAAACUUGUCG